AUGGAACAUGAUAUUUUGCAUAAUAACACAUGUUCUAGUAACAAGCAGAAAAGUGAAGACUUUUAUGAUAAAAAUAAUUUAAAAACUGAAUAUGUAAAUAAAAUAAUAAAUGAAAAUAAAAAGGACAAUAUAAAGGAUUCUAAUAUACAAAAAGAAUUAUACGAUGAAGAUAGCUACAAUAAAAAAGAAAGAAAAGACGAAAUAGAGUUAGGUUUCAAAAAAACCGUAAAAGAAAAAAAAAAGAAGAAAAAGAAAAAAAAAAAAGAAAAAAUUGAUUCAGAAAAAUAUUCAGAAAGCAUUACAAAUGACGACUACAUAGAUAACCCAAACGACAAUUUAGAUAGUGUAAUAUAUUUUUUAGAAAAUAUAAAUAUUAGUAAAGUAUUACAUUCUAAUAAUUCAGAAGAAAUAAAAAAUUUUAAAAAUGAGUUUAAAAAAAUAUUAAAAUUAUUAAAAAUAAAUGAAAUAAAAAACAAACAAAAUAAAGACAAAAUAAAAAUGUUAAAAGAAGAAUUAGAAAAAAAUCUUAUUAAAAAUAAAGAAAUUACAAAAAACUAUAAUGAAGAAAAAAAAAAUAUUCUUCUCUUACAAGGUCAAAUAGACAAACUUCAGAUACUAUUUGACAACAAUCAGAAAAAGGAAGAUAAAUGGAAUUGCGAAAAAGAAAAUUAUUUGGAAGAUAUUGAAGCGCUAAAAACUAAUAUUGAAGAAUUUGAAGUAAAAAUUGAAAACAAGAAUAAUGAAAUUGAAAGUUUAAAAAGAGAAAAUGAACAUAUAUUAUUAAAAGUAGAUAAUUUAGAAAAAAAUACUAAAGAAUUAAAAAAUGAAAAUAAUGAAAUAAAUGAAAAUUUAAAUACUAUAAAAAAAGAAAAUCUAAAAAAAAAUAUUACUAUAGAUAAUUUAAAAAAGGAAUUGGAAGAAAAAAAAAAAUUAGAUGAAGAAUAUAACAAAGAUAAAUUACUAAUUGAAAAGAAUAUGGAAAUACUUAUUGAAGAGAGAAAUUAUAUAAAUGAAGAGUUAAUAAAAACUCAGAAAUUGUUAGAAAAUCAAAUUAAUAAAAAUAAAGACUUAGAAAAUAGCAAAAUAAAUUUAUUAGAAAAAAUUGAUUUAUUAGAAAAAAAACAAAAAGAAAUGUUGAAAAAAAAUAAUGACAUGGAACAAAAAUUAGAAGAUGUGAAUAAAAAGAAUAAAUUACUUUUAAAUGAGUCAAAGUUAAAACAAAGUGAAAUUUUAAAUAAUACUUCAAUUAUAAGUAACUUGACUAGUAAUAAUACCAAAAUGAAAAUGAAAUUAGAUCAAGAGUAUUAUAAAAUUAAAAUGCUAGAAAAAGAAAAAAAAUCCUUAGGAAUAAAUGUGAAAUCACUGACUUAUGAAAUCCAGAAGAUUGUAAAAUUAACUGAGGAAGUUAAAACAAAGUAUCAAAAUCAAAAGAGAGAAAUAAAUGAUUUAAUAAUAGAGAAAGAGCAAACAAAAAAGUUAAUUGAAAAAAUUGAUGAUACUAUUAAGAAAAAUACAGAAAUAGCAAAGAAAGAAAAACUUAUUAGUAUAAACUUAGAAAAAGAUAUAAAAAAAGGAAUAGAAGAAAAGAAUAAACUAAAUGAAGACAUACAAUCAUUAGUAAAAGAAAAAGAAAAAUUAUUACACGAGUUAUCUCAAACUAAUAAUAAGAUAAUAAAUAGUACAAACGAAUUAGUAAUAAAAGACAACAAGAUUAAUACAUACAUAAAGGUUGUAAAUUCUUUAAAAAAUGAUUUGGCUAAAGAAAAAUCCUUAUGUGAAAAUAUUAAAAGUGAAAAAAUAAAUGCCAGCAAAAAUUUAAUUGAAACUAAAGAAAAGUUAAGCAACUUAGAAGAGAAAUUUAAAAUUCAAGCCAAUGAACUAGAAGUUAUAAAAUGUGAAAAAAAAAAUUUAGAAAGCAAAAUAAAUGACUUAAAUGAAGGAAAAAAAAAUAUAAUAAAUCAAAAUGAAAAAUUAAGAGAACAAAUAGAAAAAUUGAAAAAUCAGAGUGAAAAUUCCAAAAAUACAUUUGUUCAUGAUAAAAAAACGAUAGAACAUCUAGAAAUAGAAAUAAAUGAAUUAAAUAAUAAAUUGAAAAGUAGUGAAAAAAAUUUCAGUCACGUAAAAAAAGAAAAAGACACUUUGAAUAAUGAACUUUGUGAAAAAAUAGAAGAAAUAACAAUGUUAAAAGAAAAACUAAAACUUUUGCAAAUUUCACAUGAUAAAAUAGAUUUAAAUAAUAAAAAUUUAUUACAAGAGAUAAAAAAUUUAAAUAAAAAGGUGUCUAAUUUAAAAAAUGCUAAUGAAUUAAACAUUGUAUCAAAAGAUACAUUGCAUAAUAGUAAAUUAGAAAUAAAUUCUUUAAAAAAAGAGUUAAUAAGUGAGAAAAACAAGGUUAAAACGUUAUCAGAAGAAUUAGAAAAGCCAAUUAAUAUUCACAGGUGGAGAAAUUUAGAAGGCAAUGACCCAACUGCAUUUGAUCUAAUUCAAAAAUUAAAACAUGUCCAAAAAAAGUUAAUUGAAAAAACAGAAGAAUCAAUGAAAAAAAACAUUUUACUUGAAUCAAAAACAAAAGAAUGUGAAGAUUUACAAAAGGAGAUGGAUAAAAAGUUAAGAUACACUAAUACACAGGAUAUAACACAAAUAAAACAAAAAUUAAGAGAUAAAGAAACUCUUAUUAAAUCAUUAACAGCCGAAAUUUCUAUGUAUCAAGAAGAAAAUAUUAAAAAAAAAAAAUAG